AUGUUAUCACAAUCAUCACGUCUAUGGACAUCAUAUCGAUUAUUAUAUCCAUCAAUAAUAAACUUUUCGUCUCGUUGUUCAUUAACAAUAACAAAAGUUUCAAUUCCUUCAACAAAAUUAACAAAAAGUUAUUAUUAUCAUGCAUCUGAAGUUCCAUUACUCUAUCAUACAAUUGGUCAACAUUUAGAUAAUUUAGCUUUUGAACAUCCAGAUCAUCAAUGUUAUGUAUUUAAAGGCGAAGGAAAUAAACGUUAUACAUAUAAAUCAUUCCUUGAUGAAGUUGAUAGUUUAGCUACAAGUCUUAUUGAACUUGGUUAUGAAAAAAAUGAUCGACUUGCUGUUUGGUUACCAAAUACAUCGGAAAAUUGUGUAAUUACAUAUGCAGCAUCAAAAGUUGGCGUGAUUAAAGUUAAUAUAAAUCCAGCUUAUAUGGAUCGUGAAUUAACAUAUUGUUUAAAUAAAGUUGGUUGUAAAGGUUUAGUUAUGCGACCUAAUGUUAAAAUAAUUGAUUGUAUUAAAAUAAUGAAUAGAUUAAUUCCUGAAUUAAGUCAAACAAAAGGUGAAAUCAAUGCUCAAGCUUUACCAACAUUAAAACAUAUUAUAUUAACACCUAGUGAUAAUGGUAAAUCAGUUAGUCUACCACAAGGUAUGCAUUGUUAUACUGACCUAAUACGUAAAGGUGCCAACAGUAAACAAGAAGAACGACGUACACGGCAGUCGCAAUUGGAUGGUGAUACUCCACUCGCUAUUUUUUAUACAUCAGGUACAACAGGACAACCUAAAGCAGCUACAUUAACAAAUUAUAAUAUGUUAAAUAAUAAUUUUCAUCUUUGUUAUUUAUAUCCAGAAUUAAUGAGUCAUGUUUGUUGUCCUAUACCAACAUUUCAUAUAUUUGGUGAAAUAGCUGGUACAUUAAAUAUCAAUGCACCAAAAUAUUUGACAACAUUUCCUUCUAUUUUACCUGAUACUUUUGAAACAAUGCGAGCUAUUCAUGAAGAAAAAUGUACAGCAUUAAUUGGUGCACCAAUUAUUUUUCGUGAUAUACUUGCUCAUCCAAAACGAAAAGAAUUUGAUAUGAGUUCUCUUUUAUUUGCUAUUCUUGGUGCAGCUCCUGUUAAUCCUGCACUAGUUGAACAACUUGAACGUGAAAUUCCAAUAAAAACAAUUUCACAAGGAUAUGGUCAAACAGAAAAUUCAGCUUCAAUGGCAAUGAGUGUAUUUGCUGAAGAUGAUAAAAAACGACGAUAUUCAUCUGUUGGAAAAGCACUACCUCGAAUUGAAAUGAAAAUAGCAGAUUCUCACGGACAUAUUUUACCAAUUGGUCAAGAAGGUGAAAUUUGUGCUCGAGGUUUUAAUAUUAUGAAAGGUUAUUAUGGUGAUGAUGAAAAAACACGUGAAACUAUAACAUCAUCUGGAUGGUUAAGAACAGGUGAUUUAGGUUUUAUGGAUGAACAUGGUUAUGUUUAUUAUCGAUCACGUCAAAAAGAAAUGGUUAUUGUUGGUGGUAUUAAUGUAUAUCCAACUGAAGUAGAACAUUUUCUUUCAGAACAUCCAAAUAUAGCUGAAGCACAAGUAUUUGGUAUGCCUGAUAAACGAUAUGGUGAAGUACUCUGUGCAUGGAUUAAACUAAAACCAGGAACAAAAAUCAAUGAUGUCGAAGAAGUGAGACAAUUUCUAUCGUCAAAAGUAGCAUUUUUUAAAGUACCAAAACAUAUUAGAAUUAUUGAAUCAUUUCUUCCGUUUACAACACCAACAGGCAAAAUACAAAAAUUUAAAUUAACAGAAGCAAUGGUUAAACAUAUGUCGACAUCAUCUACAUAG